UCUCCCAUUUCACCGAGAAAGAAGGGACUAAUGAGAAGAGAGAGCAUGGAGGCAGGGGCAGGGAGGAGAGGGAUCCCCUCGCUGCUGAAAUCGCCGGCGGCGCGGGCUGAUGAAUCCGGAGGAGCCACUUCGCCGCAGCAGGAGCACAUCGCCUCCGAUAUUACCCAGCUUGUAGGAUGGACGCCACUGGUAGAGCUGAAGAGAAUAGCCCAGAAGGACAACGUCGACGCCCGAGUCGUCGGCAAGCUGGAGUGCUACCAGCCCCUCUGCUCCGUCAAGGACCGCAGCGCUCUGAGAAUGAUCGAGGACGCAGAGGAGAGAGGGCUGAUCUCGCCUGGCGCCACGACGCUGGUCGAGCCGACGAGCGGCAACAUGGGCAUAGCCCUGGCGUACAUCGAUCUGGCCCGAGGCUACAGGUUCGUCGCGGUCAUGCCCGCCGAGUACUCGCUCGACAAGCAGAUCCUGCUGCGGUACCUGGGGGCCGAUUUGGUGUUAACCGAUCCUGCGCUUGGCUUCCAGGGACAGCUCGACAAGCUGGAACAGCUCAGGAAAGAAAUACCCAACGCGCACGUUCUUGACCAGUUCGCAAACGCGGCGAACCCUGAAGCGCACUUUAGAUGGACUGGGCCUGAGAUCUGGAAGGAUACGGCAGGCAAAGUCGACAUCUUCGUGGCCGGCUCCGGCACGGGAGGCACGGUCUCUGGCGUCGGCAGGUACUUGAACAAUCCGCCACUGUACUUGAAGACGAAGAACCCGGCGGUGAAGGUCGUCUGCGUUGAGCCUGCUGAGAGCCCAGUCAUUUCAGGCGGCAAGCCUUCUCGGCACAAGAUCCAGGGCGUCGGGCCGGGAUUCGUGCCCAAGAACCUGGACACCUCUGUCACCGACGAGAUCGUUACGGUGACCGCAGAAGAUGCGAUGGCGAACGCCAGGAGGUUGGCCAGGGAAGAGGGUCUGCUAGUGGGCAUAUCGUCUGGGGCGAAUCUGGCAGCUUGCCUCAAGGUGGCGUCGAGACAGGAGAACCGAGGGAAGAUGAUCGUCACCGUGUUUCCUAGCGGUGGCGAGAGGUACAUGAGCUCCGAUCUCUUCGCGGAUGCAAGGGAGGAGUGCGUCGCCAUGACCUUCUGAUCUUCUGGACGCUCUGUGCGGAUCUGCAGCGGCAAACUGCUAUUUCUCAGCGUGGAAUGGAUUUUUAGUAUCGUCGAUCCAAUCCAGCAGCUUGCGGAGGCAGAAGAUUUGGAAUCCUUCUGGCAGAAAAUUUACUGCGCAUUUGCGUUCCAUUGGCAGGAAAGACUCUGUACAUGCUCUUGGGCUCUUGGCUAAGGACCUUUACAGCUUUCCUUAUUUCUUCUUGGCACAGAAAUUUCAGCAGAGAAUUGUACCACGAGCUAUAAACUGAGAGAUGCCAAUCAGUAUCUCGUUGAGAAAUAACCACCUGGCCUCUGAAUAAACAACCAUUUCAUUUCUUCUUCUUCUUCUAGUGCUGCGAGACACACUGUCGACGAGCAACGGAAGCCUACUUCCGAGUUCCGAGCAACUAUUCUAUGACGAUCCGUCUAGCGUUUCUUUAGUUUCUUAACCACACUUGUUCAGUUAGCAAAGUAGCUCUUUGACGUGAACACUAGUGAAGCAUAGCCAUUUGUCCAAACAAGAUUAUAGAGUAGCCACGGCCCACGGAGCUUUUUGCUGUGGGCGCACUCCACGGGCGUGACUUCGCCACAAUCGGAUCCCGCCGUCGGACUUCGCUACAACCGGACGGAGACAGCCAUACGCUCGCUCGUUUCGAACUGUUUACACGUGAGGCAACAAACGCGGACGCUGCUCACGGCACAUGACUUUUCUACCCCUGCUCGUCAUUCUCACUUUUCUGCCCUGCUCCUAGCGACAGGGCCUGUCUGUUCUCCUUCCGCCGCACCACAAAACCUCCAUGGAUGAGCCGUCUCCCCUAGAGUUGGCCGACGGAGAUGCAGUCCUAUGGCUCCCAGAGCCGGCCGCCGUAGAUCUAGCUCCGCAGCUCCCAGAUGAGGUGGAUGUGGAACCAGACGGAGUGGAUCCGGCAUCCCCGCUGCUCGUCGUUAGCCCCAGCCUCGUCGUGGAUCCUGCCCCACCACUCCCUCUCGAUUGCAAGGUGGAUCGACACAGAGAUGACCCCUUCCAGCCCGCCGUGGAGACGACGCUUGCCUUCCAGUCUGACACGGAGAGGAUCCUGCUACUGCGUUCUCUGUCCAUCCCCAGGACACAGGUGACAGCGAUGACAGAUCGGCAUACUUGUACUUCAAGUGCCAGGAGAAGGACCACCACUCCCACUAGCUCGUGGGUUGCUGGACUAGCUCUUCCAAUCUUGAUGAAGAAACCAAACAUGGGUGCCAAAGAGUUACAAAAAGAGUUGCAAGACAAAUGGAAAUGUACCAUUUCCUAUGACACCGUUUGGAAGGGAAGAGAAAAGGCCUUUCUUGAUUUGCAUGGUGCUUGGGAGGACAGCUUUCGACUAUUAUUUAGUUGGAAGGAGGCGGUUUUGGAAAAAAUGCCAGAUAGUGUUAUUGAGAUUGAUGUUCAAGAAGAGGAUGGAAAGGUGUUUUUCAGUAGGUUUUUCUGUGCUUUUGGACCAUGCAUAAAAGGGUUUCUUCAAGGAUGCAGACCAUAUCUGAGUGUUGAUUCGACAGCUUUGAACGGUAACAGACACCACUCGCCUUGUCUCAUGCAUUGGAAGACGCCGGUUCAUCGCAGCCUUCUGCAAGGGUAGCUGAGUCCCCUCCAAGGCAAACUAGGAUAGCUGUACGCAAAAUGACACCGAAGAAGAAGAAAAUUUCGUCCAUGAUUUAAAUUGUAGUUGUAUGAUUUGGAAUGUAGUUGUACGGUUUGAAUUAUUGUUCUAUGGUCACUUUGAAUACUGUGUGAUUUCAAUAUCCAAACUGCAGCCAGACAAAACUGCAAUUGUGGACAGAAAUGUUCUUCUUCUUGCUCACUGUUUGGACAAAACUGCUAUGUUUUUUCUAAUAAUCUAGAUUCAUUCAUGGUUGUGGCA